AUGACGGGCCGCCCUUUCGAUCCGGAAAUCUUCGUGAACACUCAAGUGAUCAUCGAUGGCCGUGACACUUGCCUCAUGACCUCCAGGGGUCGUGCCACUCUCAGCCACAUCUUGAACAUGGCCGCUUCGACAUGUGAGGGUGAGAACGGGUAUCCUGGCUACUUAGUGCGAGGAUUGACCAUCCGUUUGGAAACCAACGGAGUGCGGCCCAGCUAUGAUACCACUUUGGAAGAGCAGAGCUUGCAAAACAUGAGACGGGUUCUCAUGCACGUGCGGCAGGGACGUUUUGCCAAGUCCUUUGCUAAACGGCGAAGGCAGCAAGCCGUGUGA